AUGGCGAAGCAAGAUGAUGGCCUCUUCCUCCUUGAGGUGCUCAUAGAUAAAAUUGUAUUCGUGAAGAGUCCAUGUUUCACCGACAAAGACUUCAGGACUUGUGUUAAAAUAGACUGUCCCGGAAUGGAACCACUGGAGAUUUGCGACGAUGAACUCGAUCCAUGCGCCGCAAAGAGCGGCGGACCUUUCGUCAAGACAUUCAACAGUGGCAAAUCGUGUCUGUUUUCACUUAAGGAAUCUGAAAUCAGCAAUGCCAUGAGUUCGUUUCCGAUCAAAAUAUGCGUAUACAAAGCACUGCCAUGUGGAUGCUUACCAGCAAAAAUCGUAAUGGGAGAGGCAACAAUUGACAUGACGAAAGAGUUUGUUCAAGCACGAAAUAAGUUUCUGGAGUUUCCUAAUACUGUUAGCUACCAAGCUUUGAAGGAUUCGUUCCGCAUAAUGGGACCCGAUGGCGCGGAAAGUGGUGAAAUCGUGAUGUUCUUACGCAUUUCAUGUUUUGGAAAGUUGAUCAUAACGAAGUUCCAGGGCGCUGGUGGACCGCCGACCUUAGGUGGUCCCGCAGGUGCAUCCAUUAAUGAUCGCUCGUGUAAUCCGCAGCGAAACUUUCAGAGCAGUGACGAUCCUUGUGUCUGUGGAGGUGCCCGAGGAAUGCCGGGGGGUGGUGGUGGCGCUGGCGGUGCCGGCGGACCCUGUCCCGGAGGUGGGGGAGGAGUCUGCCCCAUAGCGAGGGAUCCAUAUAACAGCAUGCCAUGCGUAGAAGGUGAUGAUGUUUGCUACUGUUCCGGUCCUAAACCAGAGCAAAAGAUACCGAUGGCAUGUAGAAACACUGAUCAAUACUGCUUACAUGUACCAAAAGGUGCCCUGCCGAGCUUGCCGUUUUAUCAAGAAGUGACUGAAGAACAAAAACUGAGAAUGAAAAUAUCGACUGUGGUCAUGAAGCACUUUAUGGAUAAUUAUUAUAAUAUUCCUGCUUUAGAUCUUCUUAAAUUAUUAAAUCCACCCAUUUCCGACAGUAUAGCCCAAUAUUUGAAUGAACUUAGAGGUGUCACAACUUCUAUGCAAUAUUUGUUUGAAGGUUUCCGUUCGAAAGAUUCUUUAUCUAUCACAUCUAUAAAUACCCUAUUGGUAAAAGAAUUGUGUAAAGAAGAUAAUCGGACGUCCAGAUUAGAUCGAUCAACAUAUGGUGAAUUGAAAGGUUAUAAUAGUGGACAUUUAUUUAUUGAAAAUAACACUUUUGGCCAAAAGGAAACUGCAGUGUAUAUGACAUAUUUAGAUGAUUUUCGCCAUCGCACCUCGGGAACACAAGCUACAGCUUCAAUAAACAAAUGUUUGCAAGUCAAUACUAACACCAGUAUUGGUUCAUAUUACCCAUCAAGUUGUAAUUCCAAUUUAGAUGCACCUUCAUUGUGUAAUAGUGUAUCAACAACAGCUUACCGCAGUAAUAGAAAUGACGUAACUAACAAGAUGCACUAUUCUGAAGUAUAUUUUUGGGGAAGAAAGAAAGAUGAUGAGGGGAUGGGAAGUUCAGGAUGUAAUGAAUGUAAAGACUGUAAAGAAAAACUUUCCAAAAAGUCCUCACCACUCAGAUCACCAACAAAAUGCUGUGGGUCCCAAACAAGAUCUGUAAAAGGAGCAUCUGCUUCUACGGGCACUGGUAAAUCAGUUUGUAUAAAAGAUGACAAACCAAAUAAAUGUUGUCCGGCUAUGGCUGUAUCUAAAGGCGAUAUAUCUGCAACAGUCUCUCAUAUACGUAUUGGCCCAAAAGAGCCAUGUCCAGUUCAUGGUUGUACUCCAUGUCAAGGACCAAAAUGCAUUGUGGCUUCAUCAGGAGAACAACAAGUCCCAGUCAAAGUAUCUACAGUGACGAAUCCACGUCGUGGUGUAUUUGAAUUAGUCAUCCGAAGAAUGACUGGAGCACCGCUUGCAAAGAAUGAACUGAUGUUAGAAUGGACUCCACCUCCAGUCCGGCCUCCGUGUGGUUCACCAUGUGCUCCCACGCCUUGCUCGCCGCCGAGCCCUUGUCGGCUUUCUAAGUGCAAAAUGAUUGUAUGUCGAGCUUCACCUUGUAAACCUAAAAUAUGUAGAAAGGGAUGCAAAAGGCCUUGCCGACCAGUGCCAUGUCGACCUACACCUUGUAAAAAAUGUUGUAAACCUUGUCCUCCCUCCCCCUGUAGACCUUGUCCGCCACCCAAAUGUGGUGGUUGUGGCUCUGGGUGUUGCAGUAGAUGUCCCUCCACAUGGCCUUGUAGACCCUUACCACCAUGGCGAUAUAAAGUUUGUUCUCCAUAUCCUUGCAAACCUUGCCCGCCAUCAUCAUGCAUUUCAUGCUCAUCUUGUAAGCCAUGUCGACCGCGGUCAUGUCCUCGCCCUUUGCCUUGCUGCGCUCCACCACCUUGCAGGCCUUUCCCGCCACCACCUUGCAGACCUUGCAAGCCUUGUCCACCCUCGCCUUGUAGGCCUUGCAAACCACCUUCACCGUUCAAGAGUCCCUGUCCGUCCCAGUGUUGCAAAAAGCCAUGUUGUGCUUCUCCUUGCAGAAGUUCGCCAUGCAUACAUCCAUGUAGACGCCGAAAGCAUCCACGCAAAUGCAGAAGCUCGCCUAAAAUUAAAGCACGCCGAAAACGUAUAUCGCCUUGUUGUAACCGCACCAAGCAGUGCCCCGUGGUGAGGUGCAGGAGUUUGCCCGGACCCUGCGUCAUGUGCUGCAGUGUUCCCCGGUGCCCGCCACGCAAAUGCUGCUCCGUCGCUCCAUGCAAAUCUCCAUGUUAA